AUGUCUGGCACCUGCUAUUCCAGGAAAUGCCCCUCUGUGCCAGCCAUCUCCCUCUGUUCCCGGGAGGUGAGUUGUGUGAGGCCCAUCUGCCUUCCCAGUUCCUGCGAGAGCCAGACGUGGCAACUGGUGACGUGUCAAGACGCUUGCGGAUCUUCCAGCUGUGGCUCCCAGUGCUGUCAGCCCUCUUGUCCCGUGAGUACCUGCACCCAGCCUGUGUGCUGUGAGGCCACCAUUUGCGAGCCUUCCUGCUCCGUAAGUACCUGUGCCCAGCCUGUGUGCUGCGAAGCUACGCCUUGUGAACCUUCUUGCUCCGUCAGCAGUUGCUGUCAACCUGUGUGCUGUGAAGACUCUUCCUGCCAAUCAGUCCUGUGCAUGCCCACUUCCUGCCAGCCAAUCCUCUGUGAGCCCAGCUGCUGCCAGCCCAUGGUCUGUGAGCCCAGCUGCUUCUCAGCUAUCUGUGCUGUGCCAACUGCCUGCCAAGCAAUGGUCUGUGAGCCUGCGUGCUGCCAGCCAGUGUGCCCAACACCCAGUUGCUGUCCAUCUGUCUGCUCGGUGACCAGUAGCUGCCAGCCCAUCUGCUGUGACUCCAGUCCUUGUGAGACUUCCUGCUCAGAGGCCAGCAUCUGCCAGCCAGCUGCCUGUGUGACUCUGGUCUGUGAGCCCGUUUGCCUCCGGCCUGUGUGCUGUGUUUCAAGUCCUUGUGAGCCAUCGUGUGUCUCCAGCAGCUGCCAAGAGCCCUCGUGUUGUGUCUCCAGCAUCUGCCAACCCAUCUGCCCGGAGUCCAGCCCCUGCUCCCAAAGUGUCUGUGUGCCCAGCUCCUGUUCUCCAAAUGUCUGUGUGUCCAACCCUUGCUCACAAAAUGUCUGCGUUUCCAACCCCUGCCAAUCUACCUGCUACCUAGUCAAACGCUGUCGGUCCAUCAGCUGUGAGCCCGUUUCCUGUACAUCCAACCCCUGCCAGCCGCUUUGCUGCCGCCCGGGGUCUUCUGCAUCUGCUAUCUGCCGGCCAACUUGCUCUCGGCCCACUUUCUACAUACCCAGCUCCUGCAAACCGCCUUGUAGCACUUCCAUUUCCUACCGUCCGAUCAGUCGUCCAUUCUGCUCAGGUCCCUUGUCCUACAGGCAGCCAUAUGUGACCUCCAUCUCCUAUCGCCCCAGCUGCUACCGCCCUUGUUACUCCAUCCUGCGCCGUCCUGCCUGCCUCACUUCUGUCUCUUACCGCCCGGUCUGUUCCCGCUUACCUUGUGCUGAGUCUGACCUCUGCAAGCGGGAUUGCAAGAAGUCUACUUCCAGUCACUCAGAUUGUGCCGACUCUACGCCCUGCAAGGAGAACGUCUCAGAGGCAAGUCCCUGUUCAACCGCUGCUGCCAAACCCCGCAGUCCCAUUGCCAGUGUGUCUGCAGCUGCUGGCCAACCUGCUGCCAGCAAACCAGCUGAUUCCUGA